UCCCGGCUCGGUCCGCCACCAUCCCAGCAUGCCUCUGCCUCCGGAAGAGCGGCGGGGGCGGGGCCUUUCUGUACGCCGCUCCAGUUUUCUCUGUAGUAGGGCCGGUGGAGCUGGUUGCUGGGGCAGGGGACUGUGGCGCCGUCGCUGCGGAGCGCGGCACAGCAGGAUGUUUCGCCUUCGAGUUCUUGCUGCUGUGGCAGGCUUAGAGGCUGUUUCCCGAUGUUAUCAUGGAAUGGCACAUCCCACCAGAAGCAGGCAAAGACUUAUGAUGGCAGCUUUCAUAGGAACAACUGCAGCAACAGCGAGUGCUGGACUCCUAUGGAAGAGAGCCCAUGCAGAAGCACCGUCAUCUGUAAAACACAAUGCAAGGACAGAAACUAAUGAAAAAGUGAAGGAUCAAGAAGAAGAGGAGAAUGGCGAUGAUAGAAAGACUGUCGAGUCAAGUGGUGGAGGGGCUCAGCCCGAAGAGAAGAAGAAGAAACAACGUUCUGGAUUUAGAGAUCGUAAGGUGAUGGAGUAUGAGAACAGGAUACGGGCCUACUCCACUCCAGACAAAAUCUUCAGAUACUUUGCCACCUUAAAAGUAAUACAUGAGCAUGGAGAAUCCGAGGUUUUUAUGACACCACAAGAUUUUGUGAGAUCCAUUACUCCUAAUGAAAAACAACCAGAACACCUAGGUCUGGAUCAGUUUGUAGUGAAGCGGUAUGAUGGAAAGAAGUUAUCCCAAGAACGAGAGAAGUUUGCUGAUGAAGACAGUAUAUUUUAUACACUUGGAGAAUGUGGACUCAUCUCUUUUUCUGACUACAUCUUCCUCACUACAGUUCUCUCCACUCCCCAGAGGAAUUUUGAAAUUGCCUUCAAGAUGUUUGAUUUGAAUGGUGAUGGUGAAGUGGACAUGGAGGAGUUUGAACAGGUCCAGAGCAUUAUUCGCUCUCAAACCAGCAUGGGCAUGCGUCACCGAGAUCGUUCUACUACAGGAAAUACUCUAAAGACUGGCUUCAACUCUGCCCUGACAACAUACUUUUUUGGAUCUGAUCUGAAAGGAAAGCUGACAAUCUCAAACUUCUUAGAGUUCCAGCGCAAACUUCAGCAUGACGUUCUGAAGCUUGAGUUUGAACGGCAUGACCCUGUGAAUGGGCGGAUCACCGAGCGUCAGUUUGGUGGUAUGCUGCUGGCCUAUAGUGGAGUGCAGUCAAAGAAGCUCACUCUCAUGCUGAAGCAACUCAGGAAACAUUUUCAAGAAGGAGAGGGGCUGACGUUUGAGGAGGUGGAAAGCUUUUUUACUUUUCUGAAGAAUAUAAAUGAUGUGGACACAGCUUUGAGCUUUUACCACAUGGCUGGAGCUUCUCUUGAUAAAGUUACCAUGCAGCAGGUAGCCAGGACAGUGGCAAAAGUGGAGCUCUCAGACCAUGUGUGUGAUGUGGUGUUUGCUCUUUUUGAUUGUGACGGGAAUGGAGAGUUGAGUAACAAGGAGUUUGUUGCCAUUAUGAAGCAGCGACUUAUGAGAGGUUUGGAGAAACCCAAAGACAUGGGAUUUACACGACUCAUGAGGGCAUUGUGGAAAUGCGCGCAGGAGACAGCUUGGGACUUUGCUAUGCCCAAACAAUAACUGCAGCAAAUGGAAGAACCUGGUUUACAACAUGUUAUUGGGGCCAUAAAUCUAUCUGUACUGCUCCUGCAAAACAUGCCAUUGUCAGAUGCUCUGCAGAUGAACACUCUUCACACAAAAAUCUACUGAAUGAUAACAGACCCAUUGCUACAUUGAACUAGAAAAAAACCACCCAAAAGACACAGACUAUUAACAACUGGAGUUUUUCCAAACACCAGAACAGAAAUUGGAGCCUAUUGUAUCUUCUGCUUUAAUUUUUCCACUGUUGAUGCCUCUUUAAUAUUAAUCUCUCAGGAAAAUUACAAGAAUAAUUAGUUCUGUGUAUUGCAGCCACCAGUUUCAUCUCCAUGGUACGCUCCAGUGUCCAACAAACCCAGGAUUUUAUGUAGAAUUGAAUAUGGAUAGCUUCAGAGAACAACAUUGGUCGGAAUAGUCCCAUAUGUGUCAAGCAGUGGGACAGAAAUGCCUAGCAAAUAUACUAGUAACAAAU